CCAAAUCUAAUGAAUUUGUAUUUCUUGAACUGUCCCAACCGCUCAAAGAACGGGAAGAAGAAAGACUGACUGGAUUGAUUGCAGAUGUGAGCAAGAGGAACAGAGCAUCAGAUCUUGCUGAGUUUUUGUCUUUGAAGGAAGCAUUACCCUUGUUCAAGGAUCUUUCUCCUGAAGAGAGCUCUUUUAUGACUUACAUAAAGCAUUGUAUGCUGGAAGAGAAUACCUUGGAUGCUCAUGAGCUUGCAGUUCAGGAAUCAAAACCAAAAGUGGCCAGGCCCAGUUAUGCCCUCGCAAAUAAGCAGAGUAGUGGUUGCUAUUCUAUCUCUCUGUCCUCUGCACUGAAUGAAGGAUGGAAAGAAGUAACAGAACGUGUAACAGAAGGUGUAUCAGUUGAGAAUUUAAUUGUUUAUCCACCCCCACCUGCAAAAGGAGGACUGGGAGUCACGAGAGAAGACCUAGAGUGCUUAGAAUAUGGAGAGUUUCUCAAUGAUGUCAUAAUUGAUUUCUAUCUUAAAUACCUGUUGUUGGAGAAGGCGCCGAAGCAUCUUGCUGACCGUACACACAUAUUUAGCAGUUUCUUCUACAAGUGCCUGACCAGGAAGGAAAAAAACUCUGAGGGGGACCUCAAAGUUUCAGUGGCACAGAGAAGACACAGGAGAGUAAGAACAUGGACUCGUCAUAUAAACAUCUUCAGUAAAGAUUAUAUCUUUGUGCCAGUGAAUGAGGAGUCUCAUUGGUACAUUGCAGUUAUCUGUUUUCCUUGGUUAGAAGAAGCUGUGUAUGAGGAGUGCCCCCAUGAGAAUUCAUUAUACUCCCAGCCUCAUCAGUCUCCACUCUGGUUGGAGAAUGAGAACACCAGAACUGUUUCUGUGUUGGCCUUCCCUGGCAACUGCAAGAAUGAGGAAGAAAUGAAUGCUAACAGAAGUUUAUUCUCAAAAGAUGACAAUGAAAUUGCUGCUUCCGCUUCAGUCCUGGAUUCAGGUAUUUCUAAAAUGUCCCUAAGUAAUUGCAAGAAGAAGGUUUGCAAAAGGCCUUGUAUACUCAUCUUGGAUUCUUUGAAAGCUGGUUCCGUGCAGAAGACAGUUCAGGUUUUGAGAGAGUACCUUGAAGUGGAAUGGGAAGCUAAACGAAAAACGCAUCGAGAAUUCAGUAAAUCAACAAUGAUUGACCUGUAUCCCAGGGUGCCCAAACAAGAUAACAGCAGUGAUUGUGGGGUGUACUUGCUGCAAUAUGUGGAAACUUUCUUCCAGAAUCCCAUAGUUAACUUUGAACAGCCACUGAAUCUGGAGAAGUGGUUCCCUCGUCAGCUGAUCAGAAGCAAAAGAGAAGAAAUUCGAUACCUGAUCUUGCAAUUGCACUUUCAACAGCGUCGUGGCAGCAGCAGCAGCUAA